UGAGAAUUGUGUGUUUGUCCAUAUUAGGGCUGCUGAGAAAUUGCACUUUUUUUUCUGCCGUGCAUGGUUAUUCGGAGCGGCAAAGAAAUGGAUUUCCAGAUGGUGAACAACAGAACAAGUAAGUGCGCAGAUAUCAUUAGCAGAUUAUUAUUUUUUUAAAAAAGAAAUCUAGCUGUUCAAGACGUCUAAAAAUAGUAAUCUGUUUUGCGGAUGACUUUGUCAGGGCGAGACAGUCUGGGACACGGUUUCCGUUUUGUACUGGUACAUUUUAAAAAGCGAAAGAGAAGUCAGUCAAAGUGUUUGGGUGACGGUUGUGAGGUUCAGAACAUUUGGGGUCAGAAUCCUCAAUGGAAGACAAGAGCAACAAGCACAGAUUGGUCUCUUGUCUGCUGUUUCCUCAUCCCUGAUGUUUGUUUUCUUCAAAAGCCACAUGCUGCUUUAUAUAUGAUGAGAAGCUAUGGUGUUGUUGUUUUUAAACUGUCAGAAAAGAAAUUAAAUCUUAAAAGCUUCCUUCUUUCUUUCCUGCUAAGAAGGGGUGGCGAUGUGUUUAAAAAGCAACAACCCCAAAGGGAACAAUAUAAGGUUUUUUUUUACUAAUUUUUACUAAUUUAUUAGGUAACUAAUUUUUAUCAGGCAUAUAGGAGCUCAGUCUUUUAUCUGAAAUGUUUCAUGUGAGCUUUCUUGAAAUAAAUAUUUCUGCUGUUAAUUUUCAACAGUUUAAACCGAAACUUUUCUAAGAAAUCUUUGGUGGUUUCUCAUUGCUUCUUCUUCAGUUGCUGUACAGAUGUAAAGACAGACUUCACAGAGCUGAUUCAGAUUUCACAUUUCUUUUCGUUGUAUUCAGAUGCAGACACAAAUCUAAAAAUGCAACAUGAGAAUGGGUCCUGUGAUGUUCUUCCAGGUCUGUAGAGUCUUCAUACUUUUGGUCUAUCCCACAGGGUUUCUCAAACUUGGGUCCCCAGAUGUUGUUGGACUACAACUCCCAACAUCCCUAGCUAGCAGGACUUGUGGUCAGGGAUGAUGGGAGUUGUGGUCCAACAACUUAGGGACUCAAGUUUGAGAAACACUGGACAUUUGUCUAGGAAAUCUCUAUGACAUGGGUUGCUAAUGGGGCAACUUCCAGAUGUGAUUGGAUCGUAACUACCACCUUCCCUGACCAUUGACUGUGCUUGGUGGGGCUGAUGGGAGUUGCAGUUCAACAGCUUUUGGAGGGUACUGUAUUGGUUAUCUGGACUGUGGAUGAUCUGCCGCUGAUUCCAUGCUAUGGACUUCCAUCCAGUAAACACUUAUUUGAACCCAAAUUCUCCUCUGCCUCCUUCUCAGGGAUAAACAUAUACAGUAUUGUCUUUCUGUACUUUCUUUAGUAGGAGAUGCUUAGUUUAAUCAAUCAAUCAAUCAAUCAAUCAAUCAACCAACCAAUCAAUCAUUAUGCAAUCCAGGACCUUUGGCUAAUGACAGUCAUUUCAGUGGCUUGGAUUCUUUCUUUCUUUCUUUCUUUCUUUCUUUCUUUCUUUCUUUCUUUCUUUCUUUCUUUCUUUCAGAUUUUCUUGUGUUACAAACCAGACAGACUUCCAGCUGAUGGGAGUCUCUCUAAAUGGAGAUCUGUUCGAGUGAUGCUUCGCCCAGCAGAAUGGGGCAGGGGAGAUGACAUUCAUUGAUCCCUUCUCCCCCCCCGGGGGUGCCAACUUGAAUAAAAUAUUGGGGGGGGGGCAGGUAAGCCCGGCCCUGCACAAUUGAUCACAUGACACAAUGCACCACACCAUUUGAAUGGCAAAGUCUAUCAAUUUGGGCGGGCCAUCCCUCUUCAAAUAUUUUAGGGGGGGCCGAUGGGACCUCGACCCCUAGGAGUUGACUCUUAUGCUCCCCCCAUAGCCUCUUGUGCCCUCCCACAUACUCCAGAGGGCAGGUAGAUUUAGGGGACCCCCUGGAACAGUAUGAGACAUGGUUCGGGGGAAGGGGGUAUCUGUGAAAAUUGCACCCCUCCCUUAAGCAGGCAGGAUCCUCAGUCAGAGCUCUGAAGGGAGGAGCCCUUUCAUUCAUAACUGCCUCAUUAGGAUCCAAGCCAUAAUUUUCCAAUGUCAGGACUCUGGCUACCACCUCCUGUUUCUUAUUAGGGUGCUCCCCAGUGUGGAGUAGUGGUUAAGAGCGGUGGUCUUGUAAUCUGGUGAACUGUGUUCGAUUCCCCGCUCCUCCACAUGCAGCUGCUGGGUGACCUUGGGCUAGUCACACUUCUCUGAAGUCUCUCAGCCCCACUCACCUCAAAGAGUGUUUGUUGUGGGGGAGGAAGGGAAAGGAGAAUGUUAGCCGCUUUGAGACUUCUUCGGGUAGUGAUAAAGCGGGAUAUCAAAUCCAAACUCCUCCUCCUCCUCCUCCACGUCGUCGUCGUCUUCUUCUUCUUCUUCUUCUUCUUCUUCUUCUUCUCCUGUCUCCUACUGAGCUCCCAGGCCAGUAACCCAAUCUCUUCAGCUAUGGCUGUUGAGGAUCUGCACACAGAGACAAUUCUUCACUGCCAACAAAGGGACACCCACUGCCUCACCAUUUCUCCUUUUAAGAUUUUCCCAGUGAAAAUAUGUAACUUUCCAAAAGCACCAGCAGAACAUUCAAAGAUGCUAUAAAUAUGAAAAGGAAGAAUGACAUGGGAAUAUGAAGCUCUGCGGAAGGCAUGCAACUGCAAAUAGCUAAUUGUCCAGGGAUAUAAUUUGACACUUUUCUUCUCUCUUUCUCUCUAUCUUUCCACUCCCACACCCCUCGCCCUUAUCAAAUUUUUGCAAGUGGUUAGAAGGAAAAGAUUAUAUCUCUGAAAUUACUUCACAGUCAUUUUGCAUGAGUGGGAAAAGAAAAAAAAGUCGCUUUACAACUCAUGCUUUCAUUUGAGGUAUUAAAUGUACCAAAAUGGAUUCUGGGCAAAAAGAGAACAGAUUUACAUUUUCAGCACAGUAUAUUUUAAUGACAAAGCCACAUUGUAGAAUGUGCCAUAAAACACACUAGGAGAAAAACGGGGGAUUAACACGUAGAAUGUAGAUUUCUAUUUGUAGCAGGUGCAAUUUUGCCCCUUCAGAUGAUUGUAUGCAAAUAUCUUUGUAGGCACUUGUGUUUUGCAGGUAAAACUGAGUCAUUAACUGUGUAAAUGAUCUAUUUUUCUCCCCCAUGCAGAAAAUUUCAGCAAAAAUCAAAUGCACUAAAACAAAUAUCAGAUGUUUCACGUUUUGUUUUGUUUUCUCUCUGGAGUUGAGUUCUGCUAAAUUAAUUUUAAAUAGCAUUGGAGAAAUGUUGGAAGGUAUGAGGUUAUACCUAUAUAACCAGCCAAUGCAGUAUACACAUAUCUUGGGUAAAACCUUCAUACCCAAAGCUGAAGAGUGAGUGUGACAAGGUGCCACAGACCCACACUAAAAAAGAGAAUAAGGGAAGGAGAGGCUAUACCUGACCUGGUGAAGCACUAAGUGCAGCACAAAGUUAGGCCAUGGAAAUACAGUCUCUCACAGGACUGUGAGAGGCAAAGGGAGGCAAUUGUGUCAGGCAGCAAGCUCUGAUAGAGAUCUUCCCUCACCCCUUCUUCUCUGGCGGGGAAGAUUGUGUACAGUGUAGCAAGGGAGCGCUGUAUUUUGCUAUUGAGCAGAACAGUGCCAUAGAAUUUGCGAAACAAAAGCUGGCUACUGGGAUUCACCCUGGUGUUCUCUAAGCACACAAAGAGCAAAAGAAUAGGUGAGACCACAGAACAGGUGGAAAGGAUGAUUUCAUCCUAUGUACCCUCCUGGAGAGAGGGACACGGGUGGUGCUGUGGUCUAAACCACUGAGCUUAGGGCUUGCCGAUCGGAAGGUCGGCGGUUUGAAUCCCCACGACGGGGGGAGCUCCCAUUGCAUGGUCCCUGCUCCUGCCCACCUAGCAGUUUGAAAGCAUGUCAAAGUGCAAGUAGAUAAAUAGGUACUGCUCCGGCGGGAAGGUAAAUGGCGCUUCCGUGCGCUGCUCUGGUUUGCCAGAAACGGCUUAGUCAUGCUGGCUACAUGACCCAGAAAAACUGUCUGCAGACAAACGUCAGCUCCCUUGGCCUAUAGAGCGAGAUGAGCGUCGCAACCCCAGAGUCGUCCACGACUGGACCUAACGGUCAGGGGUACCUUUACCUUUGGUCUCCUAGAGUCACUAACUCUUUGCUCCCCAUAGUACUCUUGUGUGCAUUUUUACUAUGCAUCACCUUCCAGGGUUCCAAAUUGAGCAACAGGUGGGACAAGUUUAGUGCACUGGUUCCUGCUCUCCCUUCACUCUGAUCUCAUCACAUGGAGGCAUUUGUUGUUGUUUAGUCAUUUAGUCGUGUCCGACUCUUCGUGACCCCAUGGACCAGAGCACGCCAGGCACUCCUGUCUUCCACUGCCUCCCGCAGUUUGGUCAAACUCAUGCUGGUAGCUUCGAGAACACUGUCAAACCAUCUCAUCCUCUGUCGUCCACUUCCCUUUGUGCCCUCCAUCUUUCCCAACAUCAGGGACUUUUCCAGGGAGUCUUCUCUUCUCAUGAGAUGGCCAAAGUAUUGGAGCCUCGGCUUCAGGAUCUGUCCUUCCCGUGAGCACUCAGGGCUGAUUUCCUUCAGAAUGGAUCGGUUUGAUCUUCUUGCAGUCCAUGGGACUCUCAAGAGUCUCCUCCAGCACCAUAAUUCAAAAGCGUCAAUUCUUCGGUGAUCAGCCUUCUUCCAUACAUCUCACUUCCAUACAUCACUACUGGGAAAAUCAUAGCUUUAACUAUACGGACCUUUGUUGGCAAGGUGAUGUCUCUGCUUUUUAAGAUGCUAUGGAGGCAUUAGGAUGCCUGAAAAGGGCUUGCGUGAGUCUGCCAAUCAAGCAUAGACCAGAACACUGGCACCAACUCCAGGGGGCCCUGGGGAGCCGGUCAACCACAAUUUUGUUGUGCGUGCCUGACCUCUGUACCCCACCAGUACCACUGUUUGGCCUUCACCCCCAGGCUGCUGCUACUGCCUUACCUCUGGCGCUUAGGCAGUGGCUGGUCUGGGAUGUGCCACUGAUGCGGGGCCUAUAUGGGGCCCACUGCAGCCAUGGACAGAGGCCCCAGGCACCACUGUGGUGUCGGAGCACACAUGCCACUCUGUGGCGCACACCCUGAGAGCCCACAGUGUGGUGCCCAAGUUGGCGCAGCUGUGGCGGAGAGACAGGGGAUGUUUGUGUGUCAAAAGAAGGGGAAUGGAGGGCAAUUUACACAAGGAGGUUUACAAGCUGAAGAUACUGCAAAACAGGCAGCAAAGAUCACACACGUAAUAACAAUCUGAUCCAAUACAGCGAUGGGGCAUUGCAGUUUUAAAUUGGGUAUGACUAUUUUAGCAAGCUUACUUAUCCUUUGUAUUGACCUUUUUUAUUCCUCAUUUCCAGACAAACAGAUCAGUACUGGACCUGACCCACUGAGACAAAAGCGUCUUUCUAGCUUCCAGGGAGAAAGUGAAGAGAGAGAGAAAGAUUCUACCAUUGAGAGCUUUGUGACCAAUUUUUCAAAUAUCUUUGAGUCAGGUAGGAUUAAUAUAUUCGUGUGUGUGUGUGUGUGUGUGUGUGUGUGUGUGUGUGUGUGUAGGGGAGAGAGGUGGAAAUUUAAGAUCUACAUGUACAGUUUCUGAAUCACCCCAUUGUGAAUCCUUCAAGACCUGCUUCUCAGGAUGUCUGCAGAAUCUUGAAGCGGGGUAUUGUUUAGGGGUCAUUGUUGUGGUCCAUAUUUAAUUUUGGAGAUGCUAGUUUUGCCGUUACUCGUGUUAUUUUUGUAUACCAAUUUUAAAAUCUUAUUACAGCAUGUGGGGAUUGUUUAAAUUUGUUGUGUAUGUUUCGAUAAGUUUUUAUUUAUCACUUGUGACCACUGUUCUCAUAUUUUUGAAAUUAUGUACAUCUUUGCAUAUUGUAUGGGACGCGGGUGGCGCUGUGGGUAAAAGCCUCAGCGCCUAGGGCUUGCCGAUCAAAAGGUCAGCAGUUCGAAUCCCCGCGGCGGGGUGCGCUCCCGUUGCUCGGUCCCAGCGCCUGCCAACCUAGCAGUUCGAAAGCACCCCGGGGUGCAAGUAGAUAAAUAGGGACCGCUUACUGGCGGGAAGGUAAACGGCGUUUCUGUGUGCUGCGCUGGCUCGCCAGAUGCGGCUUUGUCAUGCUGGCCACGUGACCCAGAAGUGUCUCCGGACAGCGCUGGCCCCCGGCCUCUUGAGUGAGAUGGGCGCACAACCCUAGAGUCUGUCAAGACUGGCCUGUAUGGGCAGGGGUACCUUUACCUUUUUUUGCAUAUUGUAAGCCACCUGGAGCAUGGUUGGAACUAUGGAAAGGUGGCAUGCAAAGAAGCAAUGCUGAUGUUGAAGCUGGAGACUCUCCCCCUGCACUUUUUACAGCAGGGGUAGGGAACCUGUGGUCCUCUGAAAGUUGAGGCUGGUGGCCAAUAGCUGGAGAUAAAGUCCAGUUGUCCUACAAUAUCUGGAGAGUCACAGUUUCCCCAUCACUGUUUAACAGUCAUUAUGUGUUCCUUCCAUUCAUCUCAAGGUCCUGUUGUGUGGUGCACAUGGAGUCCUACUUGCUGGGACUGGGGCAGGGGAUGGAUGGAAGGACCAUGGGUUAAAAUGGUUGGGAGAAGCUUGACCCCAUUUUUCUAUCCAGUUGUAGAUUUAAAUGUGCAACCUCGUGCAAAUCAGCCUUUGCCCCAAGUCUCCUCCUGAAUCCUACACAUCAUUAAACAGAAUUUCUCUCCUCCAACUCCCAGAUCUUUUGCCUAAUCAGAAUGGCGAGGAACUGACAGAACGUUUCCUGCAUGAAGUUGUGGGUAUUCUCCUGAGUUACAUCAAAAAGACCUACGAUGGAAAGACGAAAGUGCUGGAUUUCCACCACCCUCACCAGCUUCUGGAAGGGUUGGAAGGCUUCAGCGUGGAACUUUCGGAUCAGCCAGAACCUCUGGAACAAAUACUUGUUGACUGUAGGGAUACCUUGAAAUAUGGAGUCAAAACUGGUAACUGCUCGUUGUGUUUAUACAGCAUUGUUUCAGUGGCUAGCAGCCAUGUGGACUUUGGGUUCACAGAGAGCAUGUGUCUGAAUGGCAGGAGCUGGGAGUCAACCACAGGAAAGGGAUAUUGCCUCCUUGCCCAACUUGUGGGCUUCCCAGAGACAUGUGGCCAACCAACAUGGGAAACAGGAUGGCGGACCACCUUGAUCUGUUCAUGCUGCCCUAGCAUGCGCCUUCCUAUUGCAGUCUGGUGGCUUACAAACUUUCUGUCUUCAGGGUAGACAUAGGGCCCGAUCAUACAUACAUUCAUCUGGCCAUUGGUCUUGUUUAUGUGCUGCAGGAAUGAGUGCAUUCAGCACCAUCCUACCUGCACAUAGUAUAAUAAGUGACCCAAGAGCUUUAGACAUAUGCCGAAUUCUUGUGCUCUUCUUUCUCCCUCCUCACUUUUAUGGAAGAGCCAUAUGGUUGCACACGUCACAAUCUCCAAGUGGUGAGACUUCAGGGGGUUCCAACGCUUACUCAGAGUUUGGUUUUCUUGGAGUGAAGGUCAUUGAGGACUACGGUGUCUUGAGGAAACUAAGUAGAUGUUCAUUUCUGUUUGCGUGUGUGUUUAAUGAAUUAUCCACAUAAGCCAAGAGCUUUCUUCUACCACAGUUGCUACUGUACCUCCCUGUACAAACACCCCCCCAUGGCUCUACUUAACUAUGUAGAAACCCCUCAAGGCUGGUAUCUAGGGAUUUCUUCCUUCUUCACAAUAUAUUUUAACUGCCACUAAUUUGUACCACUAAUUUAGGGUUGCCAUAUGUCUGGGAUUUCCUGGACAUAGCCAGAAUACGGCAGUUGGAAAUCACUGAAAUGUCAAGGAAAAUCCAUGUCGGAAGUCUAGAUUUUGGUGAAUUUCCUUAAAAAUAGCUCAAAACCUCCAUUUUUUUCCUCUUUCGCUUUUUGAAAUAUGGCAACCCUAACAAAUUGGAAACUUUGCUGAUGAAGCGAAGCGCCUCUAAUAUUUCUUCAAAAGGCAUGACCUGUUUUAUCUUCAAUUUAUCCACAUUUCAGGGCAUCCUCGUUACUUCAACCAACUUUCCAGUGGCCUUGACAUUGUAGGACUUGCUGGGGAAUGGCUGACGGCUACAGCAAAUACAAACAUGUAUGUACUGUAGAUGGCCAUUUUUAUACAAGAUUAAUCUGAAUUAAGAAGCAACAGUGAAACCAAAUUCCUUUUUUAUUAUUGCUCUUCAAGAAUGCGAAGGUUGUAUGAGAUCCAGCAAACAGAGACUAAAUACAUUUAUGAAACGCAUUGGGAAGACAGGUUUAUUGGACUCAGAGGGAUGGAAAAACUAGAAAGAAAAAAGGAGUUAAGGAGUCCAGUUUCUACUGAAAUAACAAAAGCUUCAGUUUAGGGCCAAAUGAUAUGAUUAAAAAGAAACAUGUUUAGCACCUGUCACAUUUCCUCCUUAACAUGCAUCUCUCUGUGUUGGGAUCCUGAUCUGGACUGGGACUGCAGCAUAAGAGGAGAGUGAGCGAGCUCCUCACUCCAUAUCAUCUUUUAAAAACAAAAACCGCUACUCCUUGAGCUAUUGCUUUGAAAACACUAUUUGCAGCAAGUAGUAUCUUCCGGGACAAAUAGCAAAUUGCCAUGAGGACAAUAACAAUGGUAAUCUGAGCCUAUUAUUGUAGGCAAGAUUCAGACAAAGUUAAGCAUGUUUAAGUCUCACUUGAAGAACCCUUUAAAUCAAAAGUGGAUAGCCUGUGGCCUGCAAGAUGUACACGGACUCAUCUCAGUGGUCCCAGGCAGAAGGUCUUGGGUUCAAUCCAGGCACCUCCUGGUAUGGCUGGGAGAGACUCCUGUCUGAAAUCCUGAAGAGCCACAGCCAGCCAGCAAGAGAAAAUACUGAGCUAGAUAGAGGUAAAAGGUAAAGGUAAAGGACCCCUGGAUGGUUAAGUCCAGUCAAAGGUGACUAUAGGGUUAUGGCGCUCAUCUCACUUUCAGGCCAAGGGAUUGUCCACAGACAGCUUUCCAAUCAUGUGGCCAGCAUGACUAAACUGCUUCUGGCACAACAGGACACUGUGAUGAGUGCCAGAGCUCAUAGAAACACCAUUUACCUUUCCGCCCCAGCGGUACCUAUUUAUCUCUUUGCACUAGUGUGCUUUCGAACUGCUAGGUUGGCAGGAGUUGGGACAGAGCAAUGGGAGCUCACUGGUCUAAACCACUGAGCCUCUUGGGCUUGCUGACUGGAAGCUAAAUAGACCAAUGGUCUGAUCUGAGUCAGUAUGAGGCAGCUUCCAUGACUCCUGCUUCCAUCAGUCCCAGCCAGAAUGGCCAACUGUCAGAGACGAUGGCAGUUGUAGACCAGCUGCAUCUUGGAGGACCACAUGUUCCUGCUAUAAAUUUACAAAGUUUGUCCAACUGCCUUAAUAAAAGUCCACUGAGAAUUGAAAAUAAUGAUCCUUAGUUUUGGCUGGAUCAUGCUUAAUUAUAAAUAGCAACUAUUUACAGAAGACAUAUGCAAACUUGUCAUAAUUCUUUAUAGAGGGCCUUUCCCUCAUUUGCCUGCAAGAAUAACACAAUGAAUUCUGAUGUUCAUUGCACUUUUACAAGAUUUUUUAAAAUAACAACUAUCCCAUCAAUUUUCCUGCAUAGCAGGUGAAAUAUAUAAAUUUUCAGAGUUUUGGUGGGUUUUGCUGUAAGCAAAUUUGAGUGCUUAAAUGAUACAUCUUGAGAGGUCAACAGUGCUGAAUCUUUACCCUCCAUACUUUAAUUACAUCUGUGAUACUAUGAACAGCAGAAAUAGUCUCCAUAGUGACAUUUUAACAAAGUGGGCAUUGUGUAAGAACUCUUCAAAAGAUGAAGUUGGAAGGAGUCUGAGAAAUGUCAAUGAAAAUACUGUUGAUAACUUCAGAUAUAAACAGAAUAAUGUCCAUGCCAAGUUCUUAUGGAAAACUUCAGCAAAUUUAAUCGUUUUCCUCUGCUGUCUUAAAUAUUAUGUAAUGAGCUUGGAACAAAGAUAGCUUAUUGACUAAAUUUGGACUGCAGGACUGCAUCAAAGGCUUCAAAAGCUUUCCAAAAAGCCUUUUUGUUGUUGUUCAGAAUUGAAGACAGACUUUCACAAUGGAUUUUACUCUUGCGCAUCUUUGAUUUUAAAGAGUGACAUUUCAAAAAUAUUCUUAAAACUCCUAUGUGGCAUGGCAUCUCAAAGACAAUUGAUUUCAACCCAAUGAAAUCAAUUGGGCUAACGUAAAUCCUGUCAAUUUCAAGGGACACCUUCUAAGUGUAACUAAGCCUGGAUCCAAACCAGUUUAAUUCGAUCACCAGAAUGAGUCACUGAGAAUUACACCAUUUGAGUUUGAUAUUUUGGAAUAAAUCUUGAGAGCUUUUGAGACAAAGGCAAAGAUCCAAACAACUGUGCAAUCCAUUCUACAUGCCCAGUGGACCUUUGAAUUCAUGUUCAUUCCAACUGCCGCUUUGAUGCACACUCUCUGUUUCUGAAGUUCAGGAGAGCUUCAAAGUCCAAACAUGAAACAGACAGGGCUAUAUGGCAGCAGUUCGAGAAGAGCAGCAAAAAUUUCCACUAGGAUGGCCCUUUCCACAUUUCCUGAUUAGGCGCGGAGAUCAGUCUGAAUUCAGUGGAGCACCAUGACAUUUCCCUUUUCUAUUAAUGGAACGUUCUUGGUGGAGUUUAUGUGCUCUCAAUGAACCAAGCACUGGACAUGUACUGUGUACUUCAAUAUUUCCCUGUACCUUUGUGGAUUGAAAUGUCCAUUACGCCCACGGUUAGCUAAUGUUGUUCUCUGAAUUUGGCGCCAGCAGUGCAGGAUGAGGAUAAGGUCCUCUUAUCCUCUAAGAGAGGAUAAAAGGACCAAGGCAUGCAGACAAAGUGCAGUGUGAUCAAAAGGGGAUUUUGAUCAAAGGGAGCAUGAAACUCAACGACAUAGCUUCAGGGCUCGAAACCCAUUAUGCACUUACCUGUACUGUUCAGUAAGCUUUGUUUACUGGCUCGCUGGCAAACACACCUCUCUUUUUGGGAGCGUGGGGUGGGGCGGAGCAGAGUGGACUGUGCCAAGCCGGGAAGUAAUGCUUCAGUGUUAGAUAGCGGCUUUGUGUUCUUCCACCACGUGGACCACUCAGUAUGGUUAGAAAACAAGCAUUUGUCAGGAAAGUUGCUUGAUGCUGAUGAUACCAGAACUACCUCUUGAAGGCUUCCGUCUUCAGUAAUAAUGUUUUAUUAUUAUGUAUAACAUUUCUGUACUGCUGUCCAUUAAUAACAAGUUACCUGGGAAAGGUCAAAAAUAUCAUUACAGUGGUACCUCUGGUUACAAACAGGAUCCAUUCCGGAGCCCCGUUCGCAACAUGAAAAGAAUGCAACCCGCAGCGACGCAUCUGCGCAUGCACGGGUUGCGAUUUGCCACUUCUGCGCAUGCGCUUGACGUCAUUUUGUGCAUCCUUGAAUGCAUGAGCGGCGAAACCUGGAAGUAACCCUUUCCGGUACUUCCGGGUCGCCGUAGGACGUAACCUGAAAGAAAGUAACAUGAAGCGGACGUAACAUGAGGUAUGACUGUAUUGUCAUUACCGUUGUCAUCAUCAUCAUCAUCAGUGGUGUGUGGUCAAUGGACUACGGGGACUAGGCUAAUCCCCUAAAGAGUCCACUAGCCCUCCCAUCACCUCCCCAAAGCUCAACUGGCUUUGGGAAGGAUGUAGCAGGGCUUCAGCAUCCUGGAGGCCUUGCGCCUCCAUCCCAAAGCCUGGGAAGCUUCUUCCCAGCUUAGGGAGGGAGGUGCGAUGUUAGGAUAUUUCCGUUCCACCUUAAAAGGGAGCAGGCUUUGUGAGUCAGAGUCUGCGUAUUUCCUGUUCACAGGAUGUUUAUGUUUUCUGUUGCUUUCGUUUUCUCUCUGUGUCGCAGACACUAAAAGCAGGCAGUCAUGUUUUCUGUGUUCUGAUCAACGCUGAAUAAACUUGUAAAUAAUGCUCUCCUGAGUGCAACUUUUGGCUGUGCUAAUUGCUGAUAGAGUGUGCAUGAGCUCUGGAAUGUGUACAGGAUAUUUUCUAGAAACUCAUGUCGCUGCGUGCCUACGGGAGGUCGAUGGAUCGUCCGGCAGACGGCUUGGGGGCCAUGAUGGACUUUAUCUCCCUGGCAGUAUCCCAACACGAUGCUCAGACCCCCGACUCAAUCGUCCUUGCAAGCUGGCACUUCUGGUCCUAACUAUCCCCCUGCCAAAAAAUUCACUGCAUGCCAUGGAAUCAGACAUCAGCAUAGAAGUUAAAACUGAAGUGUAACAACUAAACUCAGAGGUAACAUCUUAAACAAGCAGUAGGGAACCUCGGGACAGGGAUGGACUAGUCCUCAGGAAUUUCCCACAGGCCACACCCCCUUGCUAGUCCUACUUGUUGUUGUAGUUUAGUCAUUUAGUCGUGUCCAACUCUUCGUGACCCCAUGGACCAGAGCACGCCAGGCACUCCUGUCUUCCACUGCCUCCCGCAGUUUGGUCAAACUCAUGCUGGUAGCUUCGAGAACACUGUCCAACCAUAUCGUCCUCUGUCGUCCCCUUCUCCUUGUGCCCUCAAUCUUUCCCAACAUCAGGGUCUUACAUCAGUCCUACUUAGUGCCCCCCUUUGGUGUUUUAACCAGCUGGUAUGUGAUAAUGCCCCUUGCUCAACUGAAUGGAGCUGUGUGCAUAGAGACUUUUUGUUGCUGAGAUGUAGCCUACAGUACAAAGACAAAAUUCCACUGACUUUUGCCUUUGGACCCGCCCACUUCUUGCUCUCUAACCAUCCCUACUUUUGCCUCUGGCUCCACCUACCACUGGCAUAGGUUUCUCCACCCUUGACACAGAAGAUGGAAAAGAGGACGGUAAGAAAAGGUACCUGAGGAAAGAAAGGAUGAAAAAAGAAAUGUGAAGGCCCCAGAUCGAACUCUAGCUAUGCACAAGCAGCCCCAAGUAACAACCACAUCCUCAUAAAUGGGAAUGUUCAUAUAUCUAUAUCUAUAUCUAUCUAUCUAUCUAUCUAUCUAUCUAUCUAUCAUCUAUCUAUCUAUCUAUCUAUCUAUCUAUCUAUCUAUCUAUCUGCAUCCAGCCAAUUCCUUCAAAGCAGGGUGAAGCUUGAGAUACAGGUACAAAUGAGCAUCUAUCCAGGUGUAUUAAUACAUCCUUGUUACCUUCCUGUGUGGAAGCCUGUUUCUGUGAGCAAUUCUGUUGCUUGACCGAGGUGGAAAUCUGUAUUGAUUUUUCUUUGUCUUUAUCAAUCUGUUCUGAUGAGUUCAUUUUGUAUUUUUGACUACCAUUUUUUUAUAUUUAAAAAAAACAGGUUUACUUAUGAAAUAGCCCCAGUAUUCAUUGUAAUGGAGGAGAUCAUACUUAGAAAAAUGCAAGAAAUUAUCGGAUGGGGGGAAAGUGAAGCAGAUGGCAUAUUUUCUCCCGGUAAGUAGAUCAGAUAUUAUUAUUCAUUCAAUGAGUCUUAUUCAAACCCUAGAACCGACAUGGAUCAUUUGCUGACAUUUUAAAAUGUGAACAUUAAUUUGAAGAUAGCCUGUGUAUAGAAAGAUGAAUAGAUACUGGCUCAAAAUCACUGUAAGAACAUGUUUCUUAAGGGGAGGGCAGAGAAGUCCGAGAAAGUGGUAUGGCUAGAUUAUCAAAUCAAAGCUGUAAAGAGAAAGACGUUUUUCUUUUGCUGUGAUCAGGUAUCACACUAAACUAUGACUUAGCUUCCUCCCAGCCUUGUUUGCUCUACUUCCCAUGCCCAAGAGGAGGACUUUGGAUGGAAGUACCCAUCCAAACAUUUAUGUAUGCCAGUACAGCUGCUCGGAUCUUAUUAGCCCCAAACUGGCAAGUGAGUGAGGUCCUUACAAAGGAGGAUUGGCAACUAAAAAUGAUAGAAUAUACAGAGCACUUCCUUCACAACAAAGAGCUUUUAUGCUCACAAGACUAAAUGCUUUCCCCUUCGCAGUGACCACAGGUAGAUACUCAUAAAUUCCUUAUCAAUCCUGCCUGUGUGCCUUCAGUCAGGUAGUACCAAACUCACUGGACCAUAUUCUUUUGGACUGCCCUUUGCACAGCAGACUCCGCAAACAGAUGCUGAGCAAGAUGUUGGACCUGGGACCCACAGCUCAGAGAAAAAGCCAAAUGAGGUUCCUCCUAGAGGAUAGGAAUUAAUAUCCAUCUUACCCGAAAGGGUUCUUAAUGAAUUAUCCCUCUAGGGGCAAACUUUUUUGGCAGGGGGCCAGUCCACUGUCCCUCAGACCUUGUGGGGGGCCGGACUAUAUUUUGAAGGGGGGGGGAAUGAAUAAAUUCCUAUGCCCCACAAAUAACCCAGAAAUGUAUUUUAAAUAAAAGGACACAUUCUACUCAUGUCAAAACACACUGAUUCCUGGACCAUUUGUGGGUCGGAUUUAGAAGGUGAUUGGGCCGGAUCCAGCCCCCGGGCCUUAGUUUGCCUACCCAUGUGUUAUGUUGUACUAUUUAUUCCCAAGGAGACUAAGCUAUUCAAGCAGAUGCUUUUCUUUCUUUAUCUUCCAGGGGGCAGCAUAUCAAACCUCUACAGUGUUCUAGUUGCCCGCUAUAAACGUUAUCCUGAGAUUAAAACUAAAGGCAUGGCAGCCAUUCCAGACAUCAUACUCUUUGUUUCUGAACAUGUAAGUAUGCACUUGCAAUAAAGUCAAUGCGAUGUUAUUUGCUUGUGAUAUGAUGCCUUUUAAUGAUAAUCCUGUAGAGACUUGUUAUCACUAUAUUUUAGUAAGGCUUUUUGUAAGACCAGUAAUAAACCUUUGUAAGCUUCUUUUUCUUGUUGUUUAAGCUGUGUGUGUGUGUGUGUGUGUGUGUGUGUGCACUGCUGCUAUGUUUGUCUUGCGAGAACCACCACCCUAAGUCAAAUCUCACCGAAAUCAAUCAGUUGCACCAAACAUUUUAUGCAUGCAUGCAAAAUGGGUGCAGCCAUACCUCGGGUUAAAUAUGCUUCAGGUUGAGUGCUUUUGGGUUGCGUUCCGUGGUGACCCAGAAGUAAUGGAACGUGUUACUUCCGGCUUUCACCGCUUGCACAUGCACAGACAGUCAAAAUGGCAUCACGUGCAUGCGUGCAUUCCGUUCGUAUCCAGAGGUACCACUGUACUCCAAAUUUGCCACCAAUUCAUGGUAAAUUGGGGGGGGGGCAUUUCAUUCCAGCCCUAGUUCAAACAUCUCUAUUCUUAUCCAUGGCCAAAAUCUGGGGGGGGGGGGGGAAAGGGGGGACAAACAACCUGGUUCUGCAAGUUUCAAGUAAAGAUUGUGUAUACUCUGUGAAGAUUUGCCUGAUUCCCACAUUGUGACCAAAAUAGCUCAAAUUUAUGCCUUGUUUCACUUGCAAAACCAGGUGGAAAGUUUUCAAAUAUCAGAUUUUAUCUUCACCCAUUGAUUUCAAUGGAGCUUAGUCAUAGCUCAUUGCUGGCCUUAACUGGACUGUGACCAUUGCCAACUUCAUAAAAUAAUGGUUGGUAACCAGAGAAAUCUCAAGGAUGCCUUAUGAGCUGGUGGCAGUACCUCCCUCUGUGGAACAAAACAGUAUUAGAGAUGAUAUAUGUUUUGGAAUGGUUACUCUGAAACCAGCAAACACAGGAAUGGGCAGUUUCACCGUGUAUGAUGUUCACUCUUCUCCUCAAAACAAUGAUUUAAGUAGUAUUUUAGUUGAAUUGUACUCCCCUAGAUGUCAACAGACGACGAGCGCUUAAAUCCCUGUCUUGUCUGUCUUUGUAUUUCUUUAACAUAGAAGCAAUCGUCAAGCAAUCUUUCAGCUCUAAUGUAUGUUGUGAGAUCUUUCCUCUAUUUAACCUUUUCAACCUUACUAUCUAAGAGCCAUUAUUCUGUAAAGAAAGCUGCAGCGGUUCUGGGGAUCGGAAUGGAUAAUGUUAUUGUCGUCAAGUGUGAUGAAAGGUAAGGCCUUCAGCUGCUUUUUGUGCAUGAUUUAUAUAUCCACUCAAGCAAUUUACUUGCAUUUGCAGAGAUGUGUGAACCUUUUAUUUCUUCAUAUUCUAGAUUCGCAUAUUAGGAACACUUCCCCCCAAAAACAAAUGUGUUGCUUUCACAAUGCAGAACUGAAUAAUGUUUUCUGUAUUUUAGGCAUAAUAUCUGAAAUAAUAUCUUAAUUGCACAUCAUUCAGCGAACUGCCUGUUUAGUCGCCAUAUUUCAAUAAGUAAAAACCAGGACACCCUGAAAGUUGCUGAGCUUUUUUUAGGAAACCACAAAAAUUGUUUCACCGUUGACAAACCCCAAGGUUGUUGAUUUUUCAAUUGACUUGCCUAAGAAAGUAUCGGCUUUUGAAAAUUACGAACCCCUGGACGUCAAUCGACUUUUGAAAUCCCGGUUUAGUUAUAGGCCCAGAGGUCUCUCUAAGCAAUUGGCUUCAUUCCGCAAUGGCUUGUGCAUCCAACAGUCAUGUUUUUCACAGGUCUGAUAAUAAUUUCUCAGACCUUCUGUCUCUUUUGGGCUACUUGGCUAAAAACCAUUUAAAGAUGGGAAGAUUAACAUCUUGUUUAGCACAAGAACUCCAUUUGGUGGCUGCCUCCCCCAAAUUCACUGGGCAUUGCAUCAUUUCAAAGCAUUCUGGGAAAAUACAAUGGUGACCACCUCAAAAAGUGGCAGACAUCAGGCGAUAGAGGCCCAAAUCAGCUCUGUCGCUACAGCAAAAACAACAGUUAAUGGUUUAUGUAAGGAAAAAACAAUGAAAAUAAAUGAACGGAAAUGAACGAAUUGUAGAAAAAUUCCAAAAUCCGUAUCAGGAGAAUACUUUUAGCAGGUCAAUCAAAAUGUCACAAAAUAACACAGGGGCUUUUCAGUUCUCCAGAACAGAAUGGACGAGACCAGGAAACACUGCUGGUAGUGAAGUUAUGGCGUCUGCAUUUGGGUCACAGCUCACAUCCACAGCAAACAUUUCAAGCACAUUUAAAGUUCAUGGCUUCCACACAGAGCUACAAUUCCUAGCAUUCUUUGGGGGAAGCUGUAUGCUUUAAUGUUUGGUGUGGGUGUGAUCACAGUCUCCAGAUGGAAUGUGAGAUAAAAUAGCAGACAUGAAAAGGAGGUUCUGUUAGGCGCCAUGCGGAUUUCAGGUGCCAGCCCAAAUUACAAAAUUGUGUGUGUGGUGAGGGGGGGGGGAUAUUGUACAGAGCCAAACAUCCUGUUCCUCUCUGAAGCAGUGCAUUGAGACUUGACAUCUUUCCGCAGGGCCUGCAAGACAGAGCUGUUCCACCAGGCCUUUGGCCAGGGCACAGCCUGACUCCCUCCUUUGGCAAUCCUCACAGAACUCUAGCCCAAUGGUUGCCAUCAAUUUGAUUUGAAUUAAUUUUAUAAUGAAAUGAUUUUAGAAUGUUGUAUUAUUUUAUUGUUGUUAGCCGCCCUGAGCACAGCUUCGGCUGGGGAGGGCAGGAUAUAAAUUAUUAUUAUUAUUAUUAUUAUUAUUAUUAUUAUUGGGGUUUCUUCCACUAUGCAGAACUUUAGCUUGCAGGGGGAAAUGGAUGGUGCCCUUAAUGGUUAUGCAUAUGGAAUGAUGCAUGAUGAGUCAUAUUUAGCAAGCACUGCUGCUGCUGCUUUGUUCUUAACAGGGGGAAGAUGAUUCCAUCUGAACUGGAGGAAAACAUUAUCCAAGUCAAAAAACAGGUUUGGCUUCCAUCACCUUCAUGUAACCUUUCAGGUCCUUGUACUAUAACUACUCUGCUGGAAUUUAAUUGUAUGUUUGUGAUAUCCCUAUUGAGCUAAAUUGGACUUUGGCAGGUUAUUUGGAACUAGUCAGAAGGGUCUCUAGCUCCCUCCCCCCAGACAAGUUAGCAGGUGGUUGAGGAUGACUUGGUGGCUGCUCCUCAUCUCCUCUUCCUCUUUGUCCUUUGCAAAGUGAAAGGGAUGAUGGUGAAGGAGGAGGACAGGGCUAGGGAGCUUAUGGUCCUCCAGGUGUUACUAGAAUCCAACUCCCAUCAGCCCCAGCCUGUUUAGCCAAUGGUCCUUCCCCUCAGGAGUAGGAGUCGCCACCUUUGGAGACCAAUAACAAAACCUGUCAUUGGUACCAGGCCUGGUGAUCCUUUUUAUGGUAUUAAAAAUAUGCCAUAUAAAGCAGUCUCAAGCAACCACUAGAGCAGCCUAUCUUAACCUGUGGGUCCUCAGAUGUUGUUGGACUACAACUCCCAUCACCCCUAGCUAGCAAGGCCAGAGCUCAGGGAUGAUGGGACUUGUAGCCCAACAACAUCUGGGGAUCCACAGGUUGAGAACCACUGGACUAGAGAGUCUCACUAGUGGAAGCCUGCGCACAAACUCCCACCAGUGCAACGGGGUUUCUCCUGCUGCUGUUGUCAUAGUAGCAAGUUGAAAUGCUUCCCAAUUUUUAAAAUAUUUUAAGUGUUGAAGAACGUAUGAGCUGGACAAAGAGAAAGGAAACCCAAGAGUUCUGAUCUGUAGGCUGACAAUCGAUGAUGAUGAUUGUGCACACGAGACAAAGAAGGAAAAAGGAAUAGAUUCUUCCACCUGUGAUUCAUCAAUUCAUUUUUCCAGAAUAUAGGUAAAAUGUCUUUGCGAUAUAUCACAUUGCCACUAUAUCCUACAGUGAUGCGUGCCAAGAAAAGGAAGGAAUCUUACCAUGCUCUGCAGCAAAGGAUUAUGAUGUUUUACAACAGUUGAGCUUUCUUUGGGCAGAGUUGUUGAACUUUGUAAGUUUUGACCUCCUGGGUAGUUGCCUCGGAAGGUAUAAAGACAAGGGAAUGUUUCUUACCAUCCUUUUUUAUUCAAUAAUUACACAGAGAGGCUAUAGAACCCAGCCUCUUGGAUCAUGACAUUGUCCUGAGGGAAGCUCCAUCCCCUUCUCUCCCACUUCCUCAUUCGUCGUCAUCAUCACCUCCUCUACGGGUGCCUCUAAGUUUCCUCUGUCUUUGAGCUUUUUGCCCUCCUACUUUUAAGGCUCGCUGGGUUCUGGGAGGUGGAGGGUCUGGAAUGCUUUCUAACGACAACAUGUCAGCCAGGUGUUGUUCUGACUCUCCCAUGAUUUCCCAGCUUUUCCCCUCAUCUGCCUCUGAGCUGCUUCCUCCCUCAAACCCCUGUUGUAAAUCUAUACUGUCUUCCCCUUCCUCCUCCCUGGAAGUGUCAGGAUGGGGAGACGGUCUCCACCAUUCCUCCUCUGCCCAGUCCCUGACAAUUAGUUUUCUUUAACAGUGGAAGCAGGUUUUCAGAUUAUACACAGCUCUUCUUCAGACUUUGAUUAUGAGAUCAAAAAAUGAACAUCCAAUAGACAAGAUAGAAACAACUGGGUAGUCAGGCUGAUGGUUACUUGGUUGCAGAAGUUUACUGGUCAUUGCUGUUGGCAUGGAGAUAGUCUAGGCUGAAUGCAAACAUGUCAUUUUGAUGUCAUGUGUGAUGUCAUAAAGAGGAUAUGCUUUAAGUCUUGGGAAAGCCAAAAGCAGUUAACAGUCAGACUGCAUCUCAGCCUUGUCAAGAUGGAUCUCCAUAAUAGGUGAUGAAUAAUUUUAUUGGGGGGAUAUCUUAACUUUUACUAUUGGGGAAAAGUUUUAGAUUGGUUUGCCAGUGUGUACCCCAUUAAGUUGAGACCAAUAGAUAGAUAUUCACAACCCUGUACCCAUCAAAUAAUCAACUUUAUGGGUGACUUUGGGACUGAUUCACACAACCACAUUUCCUUUCUCUAGUCUAUACCCCACAUCUCUCCCACUUCUUCAUUCAUCAACCUUAUCACCUCCUCUAUGGGUGCUGGUAAGGUCCUCUUUCUUCAAGCUCUUUGCUCUCCUACUUUUCAGGUUCGCUGGGUUCUGGGAGAUGGUGGGUCUGGAAUGCUUUCUAGUGUCAAUGUGUCAGCCAGCUGCUGCUCUGGCUCUCCCAUGAUUUCCCAACUUUCCCCCUCAUCUGCCUCUGAGCGGUGACCUCCCUCAAACCCCUGUUGUAAGUCUAUACUGUCUUCCUCUUCCUCCUCCCUGGAAGGGUCAAGAUGGGGAGGCCAUCUCCACUAUUCCUCCUCUGCCCAGUCCCUGACAGCUGUUGAGCCAAAUUGCAAAAAGGACAUUUCUGACAGCAGCGUUCCCCGUAUGUCCGGGAAAUUCUGGAUGUAUGGCAACCUAGGUUAUGACAAAGGACAAGUCCUUGUUGCAUGUGCACUAAUACAGCCUGCCAUCUUGAAUUUGUUUUCAGGGCAAAGUACCAUUGUAUGUAAGUGCCACAGCCGGGACAACUGUGUAUGGAGCUUUCGAUCCACUCGUUCACAUAGCUGACAUCUGCGAGAAGUAUAACCUCUGGAUGCAUGUGGAUGUAAGGUGGUUGUUGGCUAUCUGUUCCAUCUUGCUCCUGGAAGUUGAGUUUUGAGAUGUUAAAUGAUUGUAAAAUUAUUGAAAUGUAUAAAAUUGAAAAUCAUAUUUUUUUAAAAAAAAAAAUCUUCCAAGCAAAGAGAUCAGUAGUACAGUGGUACCUCAGGUUACAUAUGCUUCAGGUUACAUACGCUUCAGGUUACAUACUCCGCUAACCCAGAAAUAGUGCUUCAGGUUAAGAACUUUGCUUCAGGAGGAGAAAAGAAAUCGUGCUCCAGUGGCGCGGCAGCAGCAGGAGGCCCCAUUAGCUAAAGUGGUGCUUCAGGUUAAGAACAGUUUCAGGUUAAGUAUGGACCUCCAGAACGAAUUAAGUACUUAACCCAAGGUACCACUGUAUAGCUACUAAGUUCAGAAUGUCUAUAGGAUUGUCUGUAGAUUGGAUUCUUAUUCCAUUAUGAAAUGUACUUAAGAUGAAUUGAAGGCAAAAUUUAAAUAAACGGUGUUGGUGAACGGUGGCAUUCUCCCAGUAAGAUAAGCGUGUGUUUCGUUUCUGAUAGGCAGCAUGGGGAGGCGGCCUGCUUCUGUCAAGAAGGCAUUCCCACAAACUGAGCGGCAUUGAAAGGUAAUCACAUUAUAUUCUUUAAGGGUACGCUGCAGCAAGAUCAACGUAUUAGCCAGUCUUUUUACUUGCUUCAGACCUCUUGCUAAAGUGCAGACUAUAAGGCCUGUCACCAUAGUAAUAGUGACUCAUAGUAGGAGCGGAAGCAAGUUGUUGCACUGAGUUUGAGGGGGAAAGGAGAAUAAAUCUAGAGCAGUACCAAGUUUUAUAUUAUGGAAGACAGGGGUGAGGAGCCUCAGUCCUGGGGGCUGAAUGUGGCCCUCUCUGGCCCCCGAGAUCCUUCCAAGGCCACAGCCCUCCCUACGCCAUCUCCCCCGGACCAAUCUGGAGUGCUUGUGUCUGGCUACAAUGUGUCCUUGAAUACCACAGUCUUAAUCUGGAUGGUCCCUGGAAAAGAGCCUGACGUUGGGAAGGAUGGAGGGCACAAGGAGAAGGGGACAACACAGGACGAGAUGGUUGGACAGUGUUCUCGAAGCUACCAGCAUGAGUUUGACCAAAGUGCAGGAAGCAGUGGAAGACAGGAGUGCCUGGCGUGCUCUGGUCCAUGAGGUCAUGAAGAGUCGGACACGACUAAACGACUAAACAACAACAACAACAACAAAUCUGGAUGGAAGGAGUGUGCAUGUGUAUGUCUAGAAUCCUUUGACUUUGACAUGGCUGGAAUGUAGCCUCUUGUCAGGGAGCCGGCAAGGAGAGCAGGUCGUUCGCAGAUCAGAGAAAGAGAGUGAAACACUAGCUAACGUGCAGUUAGUUUCUUUAUUAAGAAAGCAGAACAAAGAGCACAUGGAGAUUUCUAAGGAUUGCUCCUGCCUAGAUGAAGCAGUUGCCCGGAUUGGCUUGUAACUCCCCCUCCACUCUCACUCCUUCUGUGUCAGGCCCCUUCCUCCAUCUACGGUGAGCCCCAAGGGACCCUCUUUGUGUCUGCUUAGCUCUGUGGUAUGCAGCAGACAUCUUGUUUUGGGAGUGGGGUUCAGGCUGUCAGAGAAGAGUCAGAGUAGCUCCGUGGCGGACCAGCCAAGUCUGAUUCCUGGUCCUGUCCUGUUUCCUCCUCUUCAUCAUUCUCCAAGCUCCCAGCCUCAAGCACUUCCCAGCUCUUCCCUUCCUCUGUAGUGUGGCUGGUUCCCCACCACCAGGUUCCAGGGUCCAAACCCUUUCCCUCUGCACUUUUCAUGGGUGGCUCUUGGCCAGGUGGCUUCCUCAUCCAGCCAGUCCCUGACACAUCUUCUACAAAGAGUUGCACCUGUUCCCCUGCCCACCUUUUGCCUCCCUUUGCCCCACUGCUAUGCACCCCCCCCAAAAGUUGGCUGAACAAGACCCCUCGUCCCCUGAUGUAAGAGACCUACAAGUUUAUUUGCACUCUGUUCCCUGUUGGCAUAAUUUCAUACAAAUUUUUUUUGCAGCAUCAAAUGCUGCGUCCCCAUUCUCUCGAAAGUCCUGCUGACUUUUCGUUUUGCUUCCCCCGCUUCCCGCUCCCCAUUCUCCUGUCAAGUUGCUUUGAUGAUAAACCUUGUGGAUCAAAGUUGCUGAUAUGAACAUCUCUAUAAAGUAUUAUUAAGUCGGUGACUUCAUCGCUAAUGCUUCCAACUAAUAUUUAUGUGUGCGUUUAUAUGCUUCAGAGUAUACGACCCAUUUCAAACCUGGCAUAUUCAUUAUCUUUUAAUUUUCUUCUUUACCUAGGGCUAAUUCUGUCACGUGGAAUCCUCACAAGCUGAUGGGAGUUCCGCUGCAGUGCUCUGCUUUCUUAGUCCGUGAGAAGGUAACACACCCCCCUUUCCUACCAUGGACAGAGCUCACUAUCUCAGGGCAGACACAGGAUCCCAGACCAGUUUUCAAAGUUCCACACAAGCAUGACUAGAUUUGCUGUCUGAUGCUGGGAUGUGACUCCUAUUGCACCUGGUGGGACUUGCUUUAGAGAAAACAUGCGUAUGACUGGGUUGUAAAGUGCAUUUAGUUGUCUGCAUCUGGAGAGCACUAGGCUGUGCUAGGCUAUAUAUCUGCAGGCGAUGUAAACAUAACAAUAUGUGACAUGCCAAGCUGAAUGCAGUCCAUCAGCUAUGUAGUGUAGCCUGCUAGAUGCUGGCUGUGUGCAGAGUCAAGGAUUUUGAAGUAUCCAGCAGGCCAUAAUAUGGGAGUGGACUGCAUUCAGCUUGGUGGGUCACAAGUUGUACCGAGACUGUUUGAGUUGAUCUCUUUGACACGAACACACUGGCUGGGGCAACUCAGCCAGAUGGGCGGGGUAUAAAUAUGAUGAUGAUGAUGAAUACUUGGGUUGUAUCCAGACUAACUCAGUCAUUCUUAUUUAAUAAUAUUUAUAUACUACUUGACUGUUAAAAAACCAUAAACCUCAAAGUAAGGCAUCCCCAACCUUCGGCCCUCCAGAUGUUUUGGACUAAUAAGCUAAAAAUAUAUAUUAAAACACAUGUAAACAUUCUGCACAUCUGGGGGAGGCAUGUCUGAAGCAGUUAUGGAAAGGAGUGCAGUGAAGACACCUGCUUGAUGUCAAUAGGGAGUUCCAGAUUGUGAGUGUGGAAGAUCAAUUUCUUACAAAUCCAGAGAGAGUAUUAUCUGCAUCUGCAACAGUGCCAGAUCCACAGACUGAGUGGGCAUAUAUGGGGAAAGGUGAUCUCACCUGUAGAGUCUCAUGCUAUAGCCCCACUGAAAUCAGUUGUAUCUAAGUUAAUUGUGACUAAGUUAUGCCAUUUAUUUCAAUGGGGCUAAAACAUGACCAUUGUCAUCAUGCCCAGCUUGUGGAUUUCCUUUAGCCAUCUGGCUGACAAUUGUGGAGAUCAGGAUGCCAGGCCAGAUGUGAUUAGAGAGAUCUGUUCCAGCAGAGUUCUUCUUUAUGUUCCCUGUACAUGUACAUAUCAUGUUCAGGCAAAUCUCUCGGAGCAGGUUCUACAAAAUCAUUAAAAUGUCAAUAAAUUAUGUUUACUUCCUGUCACUGAAUAGUUUCAAACGUGAAGGUGAUUUCAAAUGCAGCAUUAUCUUAACAGUUCUAUCCCUCCGCUAGGGUCUUCUCCAAGCCUGUAAUCAGCUCUGUGCCGGAUAUCUCUUCCAACCAGACAAACAGUAUGACACAGCUUACGACACUGGGGACAAGGCAAUCCAGUGUGGCCGGCAUGUUGACGUAUUCAAGCUGUGGCUAAUGUGGAGAGCUAAGGUAGGAAACAUCUUGCAGGGAUCAGACUCCCACGUGGGAAGAAGUCGCUGAGAUAUAUUGCAUAACAAUGACGUUCAUCAUGAAAAGAUGAAUCUGAAGCCAUGGAAGGGAGGGAGAGGAUGGGAUAGCAGGGGAACUGCAGGUAAAGUGAGGUUGACAAACCCACAAAACUCUUUUAUAUUGAUGCACCCAGGGCUUUUUUUCAGCUGGAACUCACUCAAACUCAGUUCUGGCACCUCUUAGGCAGGUACCAUUGUCAUUCUAAGAGAACAAGGGAGGUGUUCGUGGUGAGUUCUAGCAUCUCUUUUUGUAGAAAAAUAGCACCUGCUGAGGAACAUCUGCCACAGUGACGCAUUAGUUUCUGAGGGAUAUUCCAAAGGACAUGUUUUCUUCUGCUCCAGAGGGUAGAAACUGAAGCAGUGGAUUCAAAUUGCAAGAAAGGAGAAUCUGGCUAAACCUUAGGAAGUAACCAAACAAUUAAACCCCUGUGUUGCAAACAAAUAUCAGUAAUAUCCAAAGGCAACACAAUGACCAAGUACAACAACACAGUGUCAAUAUAAACUCUUUAUAUAAUCUAUACAGAACAUUGAACAAUAUGAAUAUAUGAAAUAUGCACUCUCUGCAAAAUCAAAUAAACAGAAAUCUUCUAAAUCUCUGAAAGUCACAAAAUAUACACUCUUGAUGGAUUCUCUUGAAAACAUAGAACCAAAUAAACAUAAGUCUUACAGGUCUCUGAAAGUCUUUGUGGGCUAUGCAAGUCUCUGAGAGAAGCAACCAUAUAGAGUGGUUACAUAAUUUUAUGACCACUGCUCCAUAGCAAUUGUUGUUAUACAAUUCCAUUCACCAUAUGGACGGGAUUAUGAAGCAUUUCAGUAUUCUUCUGCUGUGCUGAAGAAGAAUUCCAUGAAAUAGUGGGUAUAUCUGGAUUCACUGUUCACUACGUCUGUUUGCGGACAACUUUGGCAGCGUUGGACAUCAUACAACAAAGCUUUAUGGCUUGUUUUCACCAGAUAAGCAUCUGGCCCAUUGCUUCUCUCAGAGACACCCGCUGGAACACCAGGUCCUCAGAACGCCCGAUCUGAGGGGUUUUUUUUUGCGGGGAACCGCGACGCUCUUGAGGUCUCCCCAACUUCAAAGUGCUGGGGCUCUUUCAGCCGAACUGCCAUAACCGGGCGACCAACCGGAAGUCCUCAUUGCAAGUUUUUAAGCAGAGGUUGGAUGGCCAUCUGCCAGGGAGUCUUUAGUUGCAAUUCCUGCGCCAUAUGGGAUUGCACUAGAUAGCCAUUGGGACCCUUUCCAACUCUACAAUUCUAUGAUUCUGUGACCUCAUGCAGAGGCUUGGUCCAUCAAGCUCACUAAUGUCUACACUUGGCUGGAGGUGUCUCUCCAGGGUUUAAAGACAGCCCCACCUGAAGAUGCCAGAGAUGAACCUGGGACCUUCUGCAAGCAAAGCAGUUGCACUACCUUUGAGUUUCAGCUCUUCCCUGUAGGCAGCGUACAUAUUGUCUAAUUCAGAGAUGGGGAACCUGUAGUCCUCCAAAUGUACCUGGACUACAAUUCCUACAAUUCUUGACUAUUGGGCAUGCUGACUAGGGCCAAUGGGAGCUGGAGUCCAGCAACAUCUGAAGGGCUGCAGGUUUGUUGUGGAUUUCUGCUAUACCUGUAGAUUUACUGGCCUUUCCAUCCUUUAAAUAGUAUGACACAGUCUAGAUGCAAAGUGAACUCUCUCACUUUGUCUCUUUCCCUCCACUGAUAUCUUACAGGGCACGCGAGGAUUUGAAACGCUUAUCAACAGAUUUCUAGAACUUGCAGAAUACCUUUACAAGGAACUGAAGACAAGAAAGAACUAUGAGCUUGUGUUUGAUGCUGAGGUAAGUAUUGAACAAGGAGAGUACUACUGGAUUACGUAUUGAUCCUGGCAUCCUGCAUCAAAUUUAAUUAUUACUAAUAAACAAACAGACCAACACACAACCCAGUAGGAGUGACUGCCUCUAGCUUGUGGCAUGUGCUCCUUGAGCUACUUCUGUUUCCUGUUUUCCAGAGCCAUUUUGUUUACUAAGUUCCACUCAUCUGGCCAUGUACAUGACUCUGGGUAUGAGGCAAUUCCAUUCAAGUGAUUGUUUCAAAAAGUAUAUUUAAACUUUGUGCAUCAUGUUGGGUUUUUGGCAAAGUGGAGAAGUGAUGAUCAAUGUCUCUGUGCUAUCUGUCAAUCAAUCAAUCAAUCAAUCAAUCAAUCAAUCAAUCAAUGGAUUGGAAACCUGUGAUCCUCCAGAUGUUGGGCUACAACUGCCACUUUCCCUGACCAUUGAUCAUGCUGGAUGAGGCUGGUGGGUGUUGGAGUCUAAUAGGGUUGCCAUAUGUCCUCUUUUUCUAGGACACAUCCUCUUUUCCACGAUGAGAGUCAUCACAGAGAUCCAUAGUUAAAAGUAGAAGUCAGCAAAUGUGUCCUCUUUUUUGCUUUUCAAAAUAUGGCAACCCUAGCAGUCUAACAAUAUCCAGAGGGCCACAGAUUCCCCACUCCUGAUCUACAAAAAACAUAGUUUUUUUAAAAAAAAAUCACAAAAAAUGGUCUGAGUCAAUGUAAUCAAAUGUUGAGCUGUUUUCAUUUUUGAAAAGAAAAGGAAAAAAAUGGAUAUUUCCAGGCUAUGUGGAACUCAAUAGAAUUUCCAGUGAUCUAUGAAGUUGGAAUGCCUCACACGGCACACCUAUGAUAAGUAGAAGCCAAAUAAAUUAGGCAAAAUAAGUAAAUUAGAUGCAAAGCUUCUCGGGUGUUUUUUUUUUAAGGUCUAUGAGCCACACAUUGUUGCUUCAGCUGGUGUAGGAUUGUGACGAUCAAUAAAAUACUUAGAAUCAUAGAAUCAUAGAAUCAUAGAGUUGGAAGAGACCACAAGGGCCAUCGAGUCCAACCCCCUGCCAAGCAGGAAACACCAUCAGAGCACUCCUGAUAUAUGGUUGUCAAGCCUCUGCUUAAAGUCCUCCAAAGAAGGAGACUCCACCACACUCCUUGGCAGCAAAUUCCACUGUCGAACAGCUCUUACUGUCAGGAAGUUCUUCCUAAUGUUUAGGUGGAAUCUUCUUUCUUGUAGUUUGGAUCCAUUGCUCCGUGUCCGCUUCUCUGGAGCAGCAGAAAACAACCUUUCUCCCUCCUCUAUGUGACAUCCUUUUAUAUAUUUGAACAUGGCUAUCAUAUCACCCCGUAACCUCCUCUUCUCCAGGCUAAACAUGCCCAGCUCCCUUAGCCGUUCCUCAUAAGGCAUUGUUUCCAGGCCUUCCAGCAAGUUUUCUUCUGCAAUGUAUGCAGAUACUUGUACUGUGUAUAGAUAUGAACCACAGGUAACCUCACUGAUUUCCCUGAGCUAGUAAUGCAUAAAAUGCUUAAUAAAGAUGUGAGUAUCUGAAGGAGCUAUCAUCAGUUUUACGCAAUAUCCCAGAGAAGAAAAAAACCAGGCUAGGAAAUGAUGCUCAGUAAGAACCAAAGAGAUAUUAAAAGUAACAGAGAGGCUUUAUGAUUCUAGCUGGCCGGUGUAAAAUAUAUAAUGUAAAUAUAGAAGCAGAUGUGCUCUGCCACCAAAUAUGUGUGGUUCUUAUGGGAUGUUGCCGCAUGAGUUUCAUUUGUGCCCAGACGUGCUAUGCUGAAACCCUGUUUCCUCCCAUUUUGAUGUAAGCCUAGUCUUGGGGAAAGAGAUGCCUUUAAAGGUGAAAAUAAAUCAUAUAGAUGCACCAGUGUCCUAAGUGUGAUGACUGUAACUGGCCAAGAUUGGAUCCACAUUGACACCAGGAAUCAUUUAUGAAUCAACAUAUCACAGAAGCAGUUCAGUGAAAUCCGUCUGUCAAAUGAAAACUGUCCGUCCUUUCAGUAUAUUGGAUUGUGUCCAAUGGAGAUUUUGCACUAGCUUCUGCAAGUGCUUUCACAAGGACUGAUGGUUGCCAGUCCCUCCAGCCCAAUGAAUGUCGCCAACCCUCAAAAGCUUCUCCUGAGGUCUGAGGAGACAGUGCAAAACAGAGCAUCCAGGGCUGCAAUUGGAACAGGGCAAUGGUGAAAAUAUGGUCUCUUGCUUUGAGGCAAGUGGAAACACUUCCAACGGCACAAAGCCACCAUUGUUUGCAACCCAAUGUCUGAAAGUUAGUAUUCAAGUAUGGCAAAUUCAACACCGAAUUAGGGCUGCAGUGAAUUCAGCCUGUCGUAACCCACAACCCUUGCAGUUCGUAGAUGAAGACUCUGAUGUGGAUGAGGUUCAAGCCACUUCCUUGAUGGGAGAAACUUAUUCAAAGGAUGAAUCUCCUGUGUUAUCUCUGUCUCUCUAGCAGAAGUCAAGGACUAGAAGAUGAUAAGUUGGGGGCCUUUUUAUCCAGCCAGCCAGCUCCUCCAGGGAGGCAGAACUUUAUCACUGGUUAUCCUGUACAUAAAGCUUCAUUGAGCUUCAUUGGGUUCUAGCUCCCUGCAGAGGUGGCAUCUAUUGUAGCAGCCUUAGUAGGGCCUCUGGGAGCUGUCCAAGGUACCAUCUGCUUUCUUUGUCAAUAGAAACUACCAGUUUUCCCUGUGAGCUUUGAAUGUCAAAGCAUUUCAUGCUCGGACCCACAAAUUCAGCUGAAAUACAUGUCUUGGUUGAGUUUAUUCUUGGCUGAGAUUCAUGACUGAAUUUGGGUGAUCUUGGGCCAGUCACUCACUCUCAGCCUAAGCUACCUCUCAAGGUUGUGGUGAGGAUAAAAUAGAGAGAUCUACAUACUCCACAUUGAGCUCCUUGAAUGAAAGGUGGACAACAAAUAAAUGAAUACCUUGGUAUAAAUUAGAAUUCUGUCUUUUCAGACAUUGUACUGAGAGUGCUGACAGUUGUCAUUUGACAAACUGAUUUUAUCGAACUAUUUGUGUGACAUAUUUGCUAAUAAAUCUGGCUUCUCAAUAGUCAUCUCACCUGGGGUUUUGGUACAUUUAAAUGAUUUAUUUUCACUUUUUAAAGCCAGCUCUUUCCCAGAGACCAGGCUUAUAUCAUACUGGGAUAAAUUUAGAUUUCACAGUAACAUACAACUGAUUCUUGUAGGACUUUUUUUGAGGAAUGAUCGUUUUGCAGCUGCCAGCUAGAUUACGAAGCAUCUCCGGGACUUUUUAUAUAUUUGAAAUCUUACUAAACAUUGGCUUCCAUGUUAAUUUUGUGCAAGGAAAUUGUGAAAACCAAGAUUCUCAAAAAGAUUCUGGAAUCUUUUUGAAAUAUUUUAUAUAUUAAAAGCUCAGGGAGAACCAUUAGGCUUAGGUUUGCUUCACAUUCACACACAGUUAGCAUCUGUGAGUGAAUUGCACUAGAGAAAUUGCUGAAAAGGAAUUGCAAAAUUUAGAAUGUGAGUGAGUUUAAUAAAUGGAAACAUUUGUUGCAGAUAGACAUUGGCAUUUUGUAAUUUGUAUUUUAUUUUGUUUGUCUAAGCCUGAACUCACCAAUGUGUGUUUCUGGUACAUCCCACCCAGCCUUCGAAAGAUCCCAAAGGGACCAGAGAGAGAAAAAAUACUACAUCAGGUAAAAUUUCUCAUGCGAACCUUUUUGUCAGUCACGGAAAGUGCGUACAGAAAUAGGAACACCAAUGCUGUUGUUGUGAAGAUCUGUUGCAGACCCCAAUUUCUUUCAUCUACACACCAGAACUAAGGAUGGUCUGUGGCAGUUUUGCAUAUUUUUUAAAUCUAUAAUUCCAUUCUGUUGCAUUUCCAUGUCAAUCUGCAAUUUUAGGGAAAGCCUCUCAGGAAUACUAAGGCACAGUUCUCUUAAAACACAUAUUUAAAUGUGUUUUGGUGCAUUCUUCAACCCUGAAACUCUUGGAUGCUGAUUCCUAGAGACUGGUUCCCUCCUGCUGCUGCCCAUGGCUUAGUCCUGAGAGUGUCCUAGCUCUUGUGUUUAUUACAUCUUUGGAAGUUUUAGCCAAUCAUGCUACAGCACCAGUGACUAGAUAGCCUUUUAAAAGGGCUGUUCAUAAUUGUCUCAUAAUGUAAGCCCUUUCUUUGCAUUUGUUUCCAAUACUUGUAUUUAUUUUAUUUAGAGAAAUUUAUAAACUGCUGAAUCAAAUAGUUCUCUUAAGAGUCAUGUGUAGUAAAAUUGUACUAAAACACAGCAAAAACCCACAUAUACAUAAAAAUAGCUACUGUUUAAAGCAUUGAGAAACCAGUAAAAAUUUGGAAACAAAAAUAGUUCAGUAGAUUACAUGUGGGUGUAAGUUUGCUGAAAAAAAUGUUUGGCUGUCAUCUAAAACUAAUAAUAAUAAUAAUAAUAAUAAUAUGUUUAUAACCCACCCAUCUGGGUGGGUUCCCCCAGCCACUCUGGGUGGCUCCUAAUCGAAUAUUAAAAACACAAUACAGCUUACAAUACAUUAAAAACUUCCCUGAACAGGGCUGCCUUCAGAUGUCUUUUAAAAGUAGGAUAGUUGUUUAUUUCCUCUGCCUGGUUCCCUGUAACCUCACUUCUCGCAGUGAGGGAACAGCUAGAAGGCCCUCGGCGCUGGAUUUCAGUGUCCUGGCUGAACGAUGGUGGUGGAGACGCUCUUUCAGGUAUACUGAAUUUAGAGGGGAUGCCUGCCAAAUAUUAAAAGCACCUGAUAAAGCUCUUCUUCUGGAUGAGCCAGUGUGGUGUAGUGGUUAAGAGCGGUAGACUCGUAAUCUGGUGAACCAGGUUCGUGUCUCCACUCCUCCACAUGCAGCUGCUGGGUGACCUUGGGCUAGUCACACUUCUCUGAAGUCUCUCAGCCCCACUCACCUCACAGAGUAUUUGUUGUGGGGGAGGAAGGGAAAGGAGAAUGUUAGCCGCUUUGAGACUCCUUUGGGUAAUGAUAAAGUGGGAUAUCAAAUCCAAACUCUUCUUCUUCUUCUUUCACAUGUCCAAUGAGUUCCAUCCUUUCUUUAAAACCAAACAUUACAGUAUCAUAUCUACUCUGCUACAGAUCCAGACUAUUGCUACUGCCUAUUCAUGGAACUAGUCCCUAAAUUAUUCCAGAACAUAAUUGCAAUUUUUUACAUGUAUCCAUGUCUAGGUUGCUCCAAAGAUAAAAGCGAGGAUGAUAGAAGAAGGUACUACAAUGGUUAGUUAUCAGCCUCACGGGAACCAUGUGAAUUUUUUCAGAAUGGUCUUCUCUAACCCAGCAACCAAGAAACCAGAUGUUGAUUUUCUCUUGGAAGAAAUUGAAAGGCUUGGGAAGGAUUUGUAA